AUGAAAACUUCGAUCUCACUGAUGCUGUUGCAGAUCCUGCUCUUGGCGGGAGUGGCCUCACCGCGAGCCGUCAACGUAUCAGUCGAUCAGUUUUUCGGCUGCGAUGAGCCAAAUUUCGCCUAUUAUCCUCAGGGCUCAGCGCUCAUCAAAGAGCUUGGGGCCCUGGGCCAGCGCCAAACCUAUUUCCGAACACACAACUUGUUGACAAGCGGUGAUAGCUCCAAGGAUCUUGUCGGUGUGCCUGGGCUCAAAUGGGGAAGCACGAACGCGUACACCGAAGACGUUGACGGCAAUCCUAUCUACAACUUUACCAUUGUUGACAAGAUAUUCGAUUCUUACCUUGCUGGUAACGUCAGGCCAUAUGUGCAAAUUGGCUGCUGGGCCGGGCACCAUUUACACCGGCUGGAGUCAUGUACCUACAGACUACUCAGCGUGGGAGGAGUUGGUGUACCGAUGGGCAAAGCACUCGGUGGAAAGGUAUGGUCCCGAGGAGAUUGGAACGGCACACAAGAACAAUUCUUCGAGCUCCACGACCGCGCCAUCGCAGCUGUCCUCCGCGCCAUACCAACCGCCCGAGUCGGGGGUUGCGAAGUCGCAGGCGGAGCGGCGGGUUCUUACCUGGGCGACUUCCUCUCCCACUGCGCCAGCGGAACGAACUAUGCCACUGGCGAGACAGGCACGCCGCUUGACUUCAUCUCGUUCCAUGCCAAGGGCGCGCCGCUCUGGAUCAACUCCACCGACAGCCCCGGUGGCGGGUAUAUGCAGAUGAACAUAUCGACGCAGCUGAGGCAGAUCGACGAGGCUUUUGGGGUGGUCUCGUCUUUCCCUCAAUACAUCUCCACACCGAUCGUCAUGGGCGAAUUCGACCCGGACGGCUGUGCGGCUUGCACGUCGGCGGCGUACGGGUAUCGCAAUGGGCUCUUGUAUCCUGCUUACACAGCUGCCUCCUUCAUGCGAGCCAUAAGCCUCGCGAUGGAAAGGGGCGUCAACUUGGUAGGGGCUUUGACCUGGGCUUUCGAAUAUGAACAGACGGCACUUCUGCCUAACCAGACGGGUUUCUUCGAUGGCUUCAGGGUCUUGAGUACGCAGGGCAUCGACAAGCCGGUCCUGAACGUCCACCGGAUGUGGGGCAUGAUGAGUGGCGACGUGGUCGCGACGAAGAGCUCUGGCCAGGUGCCGAUGGAUGUGGUGCUCGCUGAGGGAAUCAGAGGUCGCGAUACAGAUGUGGGAGUCGUCGCGAGCUUCAACAGCCGCAGCGAGACCUUAUACGUCUUCGUUUGGAAUUACCACGAUCAAGACCUCGAGUUCCCGGACGCCGACAUCACCUUCGAAGUCCAAAGUCUACCAGCCACGAUUUUGGACAACCCCGACGGUGUUUCUUACACUCAAUAUCGGAUCGACAACGAUCACAGCAACUCAUACUCCCGGUGGCAAGCCAUUGGCUCACCACAAGCGCCGUCGGAAGAGCAGUACCAGGAACUAGUAAGUGCCGGGAAGCUGGAAACCACAGCACUAGGAACUGAGCCGGUGAUGUCGAUUGACGGGAAAUUGGUUUUCAAUAUAUCCUUGCCUGUCAGAGCUACUUCACUCUUGGUACUGCAUAACGACAAGAGCGGCGAUCUUGUAUAG